UGAGUGUGGAGUGAAGAUUGGUAACUGAAAAAGAAAAGAGAGUGUUGAAUGGAGAAGAAGCUUACUCUCGUUCAGACCAUUGCUACUUCAGGCGUGUUUUCCGCCAUUUCUUUCUGGUAUGGCUUCAUGAUUGGCAGAGAAUCAUCUCGGAAAGAGCUCUCUCACCUAAUCGAAGAUCUCCGUUGCGGAACCCCUCCAUCUCCGUCUUCCACCUCCUCUUCUUCACAUUCUUGA